CAUCCACGAAGAAAGCGCCAAUUCUGUGGAGCACAACAUAGUUCCUUUCGACGGAAGUGCCAGGAUUCAGCGUCGCCGUUCCUGGGAUGCCGAAGCUUCUGAAGAAGAGAAAAAAGCGACAGAGGCGCUCAUGGCUCGUAUCCGUCAUCUUCAAAACACUCGAGGCAAAGAGCUAUCUGGUGUUCAAAUUACUGCCUACUUCCUUAGGAUUAGAGUGCAGCCUCUUCAGGCUCGCAAAAAUCCCCUUUGGACGUAUUCUGGUGAAAAUGACGCCAACAGAAUCUCCAGUGAUCUUUCUGUAAAGGACUUGGAAAAAUUGGUUCGAAGAAUUUCUCGAUUAGGCAAGAAGGAUCCUAUUCCCUCCUCCUGUCGAGUGGAACCAUACAGUGCUUCCAAUCCUCUUCCCGAGAAUCAUCCUACUAUGGCUUCCCUUCCUCCUCUUCCUGAGGAUGGAGAGGUCGAAGAAAGAGCCGUUGUCGAUGAUGUCAACCAGGAGACCCCCUCUUUUGUGAAUGAACCCGCAGAUUCUCGAAAAUCUGCGGGAUCUACUGAGAAGGAUGCUGCCUCUGAAGAUACAACAUCAGCACAAUCUCCUCCUCCUGCUGUUUCUCCGAAGAGCAAAAGGAAAAGGAGCAAUGCCGAAGAUUCCGGGACCUCGAAACCCGAAGAAACUGCUCCUGCACCUCGAAAAGCAGCUUAUGAUCCAUACAUCGAGAGUAUCAUCAGCUCGUAGGUUCCUUGCUCUUUUCCUUUUUUAUUUGAAGAAUUUUAUUUUGCCUUGCUUUUUAUGCUGCCACUAUUUUGUCACAGUGAUGA